AUGAGACCACCAAACUCACGUUUACUUCUGGACUUAUCCAGGAUUGGAACCCAGCUCUCUGGAGAUGAAAGGCUGGAGUUCAGAAAGCGGGAUAUGGAAGCAGAUACUCUCAAAGAUGAAGACCAUAUGGCUGAGUGGACUGUCAAUGAUCCAGCAAGACUGGUGCCACCUCCUAGCAAAAUCACUGAGAAGGCCAUGUGCUUUUUGCCCCCGGGCCAGAUAAACAGCACAAAUGGCUCAUUCAAUGAGCAGUUUACACCUUUCUGCUACUCAGCGGACAGCAGUAUGAUGGGCAGUAAUGGCAGCUCAUCAGAUAACAGGUUCCAUGGCCAAGCUUUUCAGGAUGCAAAGCAACUCAAUUAUUUGGCCAACUCUGCUCUUUUUCCUCAUUUGUUGGCAUCCAGCAUAACUCAGACUGGAAUUGUCCAGGCCAGUAAAAGUAGUGACUUGGAAACACUCCGUCCUGUUGCUGCUGCUCCUGCUCCUCAGAUAAGUCAGGAACCCACAUGCUACAGAAACAUGGAACAGAGCCCAGGGCAGCAGGAAAUUGUGAUGAUGGAACAGAUGGAGCAGCUGCAAAGGCUGGUAACUGAACAACAGAAAAUCAUCACAUACUAUAACCCAGGCUUUUCAGUCUGUCCCGGCACCCCUUCCCAGCUCGUUGCCAUGGUGCCAACACUUCCAAGAUUUCCUGCCACUUUGUUUCCUGUCCAGCUCCCUUUGGAAAACUCUUCACCAGUCCAGAACCACGGACAUUUACAAACCAGUCCAUCAAUAACGCAGACUUCCCUUCAGAGACGUUCCCCAGCAUCCUCACCCAACAAUAGCUGCUCAGAAACCUUAGGGGAGCGCCUGCAACCUCGAAGUCCAGAUGAAAGCCCACUAAAGGAAGAGGCUUGUCCUAAUACUCUGCCUGCCAUUAAAGAAGAAGAGGGAGAGCAAACUGAUGAACAGAUUCCCCUUUCCCCUUUUGGCAUAAGGAUGGACGCAAGGACUAGAAACCUGGAAGACAGACCAAUCAGACCAGGAAUUGGUGUAAGACAGAAGACUUUUGAAGAAUUUGUUGAAGAACAACUUAAAGUAGAUUCUCAAAUAACAGAAAACCACCAGCAGAACUUCUGUGAGGCUAAAGUAACCCCUCGGAAAUCUUUCCUGAAACGUGGAGAAGGCAUUGCAAGGCUGGAAAAAAAUAAAGAGAACCUUGUGAAAGGACAAGCCAAACAUCCCAGAAGAGUUAGCUUUGAUUGCCAGAAUCUCUUCUCUUUGCCUCGCCAACAGGAUGCAGGAAAAUUACAGCUGGGGAAACAUUUAAAUCGUUUACAUCGACGGGCCAGCAGCCCCACGGUGUUGCUCUCUAAUGAGAAGAAUACAAAUUGCACUAUCUCCAUGAGUGAAAUAAAGGCUCAGGUUGACAGUAAGGCAAGAGAUCCUGAGCAAUGCCCAGAAGAAAGAGGAGAAGGAGGUGGUGGAGAAGUGUGUGCAAAGGAGGAUCCUGCUGUACCACUGCAGAUGAACUGGGCUGAACUCCUGCAGCAGUGUCAGGAACAAAUUACUGAAAUGAAGCUACAAAUAGGUGAGAAAAAUAAAGCUCAAAGUACUGAUUCUCUAGGACAUUCAGACAAAGCAGACAAAAGUUCCAUGGAGUCUACAGUUCAAAAGGACCUAGAUAUUGUGGAUCAGCGUGUGAGGGGCAAUCUAACUCAGAGAGCAGAAAAGCCCUUGGAAAUCCUUCAAGAAGGUUCUAAGCUUCAGAAUUUAGAAGGAAGCCAAACCAAGCAGAUGGAUUGGAGCACAAGCCUCAAAUUCACACCAGAUGUGAAAGGAAUUAGCAGUUGCCACAAUGAAGAUUACACUGUGAGCAAAAGCCCAGAGACCCAAAGAGGAACCAUCACUGGGUUUAAGAUGGUUAAUGACAGAAUAAUGAAAGUUACCCACAAAUCAACUCAAGGCAUGGACAGGAAAAAGAAUAUCACAUCUGUCAGCCACCAGCAAGAGUGGCAAAGUAAUAGAAGUGCUGCCAACAGGUUGAAUGCUCAACCUUUGUCUAGUGGGUCAGGCUGCACAUCCACUGACAGUGAGGAUGACCCCAAAUCUUACUGCACUCGGUCUCCCACAACGCACAUGCCUCAGAAAGCAGGUCGCACAGACAAAAAUUUGGAUCUCUCUGAUGCUGAUUAUGCUACUGAUGAGCCCAGUGGAGCAGAAGAGCUGGCCCUGAAAAAGCACACCAAGCCACCUCCAAAGAAACUGGGUGCUCAAGAGAUAAAAGGCAAGCAGGAUCUCUCCCUCAGCACAAGCAGCAGUGAGUCUGGUAACGGGGUUGCCAGGCUGAAAGGAAACAAGGCUUGCUUUUCUCUUCGAAAGUCUCCCUUUCGGCCCCCGAGAUCUGCGAGAGGUGGAAGAGAGCCUGAGCCAAGGAGUGAGAGUAAUGUUGGGGAUGUUAAAAAUGUAGAUCUGCACUCAUCACCCUCCACAUGUGAUCUGGUGGCCAGCCUAUUCCCUGCAUUCAAAAGUAAAGAAACUCUUGCAGAGGAGAGGGCACAAAGAAAACCAGUUCUGGGUACGCUAGAAGCAGCUCAGAGAAGGCUUACUGACAAGUUAGAGGAAUUGGAAAAGGAAGUUGGUGUAUAUCAUGGAGAAACCCCUCUUCUAGCGAGGAUGAAAGAAGAACAAGAGAAAGCAAGGCAUUUUCUCAGAACACGAAUGGAUCAGCUGGAGACCAGCAAGGCUCAAGAACUUAAUUGCUUAGAAGAAUAUAAGACAGACCGCAUUCACACACUGCAGAAAGAAAAGGUUGAAUUUAAGAAGUACGCAACAGCAGCUAGAGUCACUAGGGAGGAAGUCAAAUCAGAAGAAAUACAAAUGUUAAAACAGCAGAUUGCAGGGCUCCAGGAGGAGUUCAGGAGAAAUGAGUCCCACUGGCAUGCUGCCCAUGGCAAGCUAAAACAUCAGAUUGAGAUGCUGACCAAACAGAACCUGGAGCUUCGAGAUGAGCUCAGAGUUUCAGAGCAUCAGAGGCUGGAAGCAGAAAAGAAAUCUGGAGCUGUGGAUUUCAUAAGCAGAAAAUCAGAAACCCCGGUUUCAGAAGCUAUUUUGAGAGGGACAUCGUCUCUGGCUAACCUAGAAGAAAGGCCAUUGCGAAGUAGCCAUAAGAGUCGCAACACCACUCCGGUGGGGAGGAAAACUCCAGUGGAGAAACACCCCCCCCAGAGAUGUGAAUAUGAAAGUAUGGAUAAAACUCGGGCAGUGCAAAGGACUGAGUCUUUGAAAUCAGUAACCAGGGAACCCAGAGAAAAGACACCAUCUAAUCACUUUCAUAGCAGAAGUACGACACCCACUGGCAGGAGAACACCCCAUCAGGGAAGAUUAACACCCUUUGAGCCAGAGAAGGUUAUACAUCAAUCAUCUCUUAAUGAACAAAGAACCUAUGGCAGGAAGUCACCUAUACUUCCCGUCUCACACUUGACUGUGUCUAAGGAAACCAACUCAUCGUCUUACAUAAAAGGCAGAUUUUCAUCUACCUCAGGUAGUUCAGAGGACACAGUCCUCUUUCGCAACCAGAACGAUGAUGUUUGUAGCUCUGCAUCCUGCAGUAACAAUGAGGAAACACAGACUUCUCCUCCAAAAUCAACAUUAUCCAGAAGAUCUUCGCUAUAUGAAGAAAGCAAAAAGAGUGGUGAGGAGGUCCGAGAAAAAAUAGAGUAUGCAGAUGGCAAGGUAGAAGAGGUGCUUACUGAUGGCCGUCGAAUCAUUACUUUCCGCAACGGUACCAAGAAAGAGAUCAGUGCUGAUAAAAGGAUGACGGUGGUUACUUUUUUCAAUGGAGAUGUAAAGAAGGUCAUGCCGGAUCAGAGAGUGAUUUAUUAUUAUGCAGAUGCACAGACAACCCAUACCACUUAUCCAAAUGGCUUGGAGGUGCUGCAGUUCCCUAACAAUCAGAUAGAAAAACACCACCCAGAUGGCACCAAAGAAAUUGUGUUCCCAGAUCAGACAAUGAAACGCUUCUAUGAUGGUGGGCUUGAGGAAACGGUUUUUCCAGAUGGUACAGUAGUAAAAAUAGAAAAGAACGGCAAUAAAAUGGUGAUGUUCAGUAAUGGACAGAAGGAGAUUCACACAUCACAGUUCAAGAGGAGGGAGUACCCCGAUGGCACUAUAAAGACUGUGUACUCCAGUGGCCAACAGGAAACAAAGUAUUCCUCUGGACGGGUGCGAAUCAAAGACGAAGAGGGCAACAUCAUCCUCAAUAAGAAGUGA